AUGGAUGAGCCUAGUACCUCAAAAGAAGAGGACCGACCUGUGGACCAGGAGUGUCCCAUAUGUUUGGCUCGAAUAGGCUCGAAAUAUUCAACACUCGAUGGGUGUAAGCACAUCUUUCACCCGCUUUGUAUCGAGCAAUGGAUAGCGCGGACGACAAAUUGCCCAAACUGCCGCGCUGUAGUGAAUAAAAUCUACCUCAAACACAACGGGAAGACGGUCAAAGAAAAGACCAUUGAACAAAAGAAAGUAUAUGACCCGGUUGAAGAAGAUUUUACGGCUUGCCAAGUUUGUGGGCGAAACUCCGACGAAGAUGUUUUAUUACUAUGCGACAGUUGUGACCAGGGUUUUCACACUUUUUGCCUGCCUACACCGUUGUCAAAUGUCCCGGACGGCAGCUGGUACUGCCCGAAUUGCGUGCGGACGAUGCAAUCCCGCAACCAGCAACGACGCGCCCAAGCUGUUCGGGCCAUCCCGAGGACGGCAGCUGCAGAACGAGUGCGUUCGAGGAUCACAGAUUUGGUGAGAGAACUGGACGAGUUGCCACUAUUGAGUGACGAAGAAGAGGACGAGCUCACGGACACCGAUGAAGAAGACGAAGAGGACGAGGAGGAAGUUGAACUUCCAGACGACUCCGAAGAAGAGGUUACUGGUCCGAGAUUUCACCGAGUCGACGCGGCCGUCCUUGGAUCGGACGAUGACGAUUUCGGGCCGCUCCUUUCGCACCAAAAUCUGCCAAAAGUUGAGCGGCGAAGGCGUAAACCGAAGAAGGCUGCCUCGACUAAAACAACGAAAAAGGGGAAAGUGACGCGAAGGAAGAAACGGCGGCGUUCCGGGAAGAAAAGACACAUGAGAAUUUUGGAUGAUUUCUGGGGGGAUAAUAAAAAGGAAGCUGGAGGCAAACAAAGCCCGAAAAAACACAGGACUUUCUUCGAGCCCGCCAGGCUCUCGACCACCGGCGCCGGGUACAGUUCGAUAGUUGACGGCGAGCACACCGAUGAAUACACCCGCUCUGCCUUAUCACGACUCUUCGACCAACCGCUAAAUCGUGUCACUGCCAAGCCUAAGAAGCCAGAACCUGUCAAAUACGUGCCUCCAGUGGAUCUACUCGGCGACGUCAUCGACGAGCAAACGAAACUGCUGGCCCCUGGCAAGUAUUUUCGCCAGGAAGGUGACAAGCUGGUCGCCACCGAGGAUUUCAAGAAUUACAAAGAGUCGCUGAAUAGGAAAAUGUCAACGAGCGUCGCGCAGGCACUCGGCCUGGAAUCUACCUCAAAGCAGCGAUCGCCCUCCGAAUCCGAAGACCCAAAAGAAAAAGCAGCUCGUGAUCGCGCGUACAUGGAAGAGAGUCGGCGGAAUUGCAUAAAAGCGCUUGCGGAACGGAAAGAACGAGAGCGCAAUGCUAAGAUUUUUCAGAAGAACGAGAAGCGCAAAGCUAAGAUGUCACGCGAAGAGCUACUCGCCGAGCAGCGCCGUGAGGCCUAUGGUUCUAGCAUGCCUACCUACAACCCGAUCAAGCCAUCCUCUUCCUACGGCCUCCCUAGCUAUCAACAGAAGACGGCUGAUAACGAAGGAGCCGUUUCUUCAACAUCUGCAAAUGGGCAUCACAAACACGACCGAGAAGAGGGCAAGAAAGAGCACCCGAAGAGACAUCCCAAGACCGCCAGCUCCUCAAAGCCCCCUAACGGCGACGGCGACUGCAAUCGCGACUUCUACAAGAAACACACCAAAGACGUCGAGAAGCACGUCAUGCUGGUGGUGAAGCCGGCGUUCAAGAAGAAGCUGAUCUCCGGCGCCGAGUACAAGCAACUGCUGCGCGACAUCGUCAAGCCACUCUUGAAGGAACGUUGCCUCGACCCGCCCACCAUCGUCACCAAGGCCAAGACACAGCUCGAAGCAUUUUACGCUCAGAAAAGCCGU